AUGUCGCCCCACAACUCAAGUCUCCAUCACUACCCUCCCACCCCAACCGCUGCCGGCACCGCCGACACCAGUGCACGCGCCGACCCACCACGCAGUGAAGCUCCCUCCUCAUCCACACCGCCAUCUCCCACCACAACCACCAAGCCACCCACCGAACUCUCACAUCCGCCACCACCUCACCAAGCAACUACCACGACCACGACCACGGCUACCACCACCACUAACAAAACUCCCGCCACGGCUAACAACACUACCGCAGACGCUGCAGCCGAAAGCAAAGUCGAACCCUCACUCUCACCCCACGACAACGAAGACGAGGUCGUGGACGAGCGCAUGGGCAGCACGGCUAGCAAGAUGCGGGCAGGCGACACCGACACGGCGGGUCGGGCGAUGGCGAUGGCGGGGGAGGUUCGGAUGCGGAAGAACGAUGAUGGUGGUGAUGGUGAUGAUAACGACGACGAGCGUGGUGCGGAAGCGAGCGGCGUUCCUGGUGAUGCUGCUGGUGGUGCUGGUGGUGCUGGUGGUGCUGGUGGUGGUGCUGUUGGUGGAGCUGGGGUCGAGAGGGAGCCGUUGUUGGCGUCGAGGCCGCCAUUCUUGUUAGAGGAGCGGCGGGGAAGGGGAGGAGGCGGGGUGGGUGAGAGCGGGAUGGCGGUGGGGGAGGAGAAGGAGCUUGAGAGGAAGGGGUCGACGCCGACGGUGGAGGAAAAGAAGUUGAGGCUGAAGAGGAUGCAGGCGAUGAUUGCGAAGGCGGAUCAUGGCGGGGAAAAGAGGGAAGAAGAGGCGGUGGGUGCGGCGGAUGGCCGUGGGGGUGGUGGAGGAGGAGGGCCCGUUAUGGGGAAGAGGGCGACGGUUCCAGGGCAGGGGACGGCGGUCAUGGGGAAGAAAAUGACGCGGGUGGUGGGAAGUGGAGUUGCGGGCGCUGCGUCGUCGGCGGGAUCUGGUGCUCCGGCGCCACGGAUUGCGGGAAUCGAAGGCUCCAGGGUCGAAGUCCGGGGACCGGCUCCGGCUGAGCGGGUUCAAGUGAGGCAGAAUAACGCCGGGUUUGUGGAGUCGAGGAGUGGCCUUGGGUGGAGGAAACCUCUGCGGAAAACGCCUCUGGCAUCAGGCUCGACGGAUACGAUGAUCUACCAUUCAAAACGUCCAGAUUCAGAGUCGAGGGUUGGUGCUGAAGAGUCAAAUCAGCCUGCGAGGAUGGUAAAUGUUGGAAGUGCCGGAGACGUCCAAGUAUCUUCCCCUGGAAGGAACGUCGCACCUGGGAAGAGGCAUCGGGAAUUGUCUCCUCCAUGCUCGUCACCAUCACCCGCUCCGGUCGAGAAACGGCGAAAAGUGGACCGGGCGGAGGCAAGUGUUCAGCAAGCCAGACUCCCGGCGGGGAGAGGUUUCAUCUCGCGCAUCCAAAAGCUACUUGUGGAAGCAGAGUCAUACGAGAAAGAGCUUGAGAAUUCCAGCGUCCGGGUUAAAGAGCUGGAGAAAGCGAUCAGAGACCAGCAGACGAUAAUCGACACUUUUCGCGAGCGAGACGAAGAGGCAUCGGACUCUGAAGACAUAAACGUUGGAAGAGUAGCCGGACAGUUGGAGCGGAAGAAUGUCAAGCUGGAACAGCAGGGCGAGCAGCUCUCCUCGCUAUCCAAGGAAAAAGCAGACUUGAAGAAAACUAUUACCGAGCUCAAGAAGGAAGUGGCCAGGCUUACGAAUAAAGUCAGCCAGGGGGAAGAGCGUGAGGAGGGGCUGAAGCAGAAAAUUGAAGGCCACAAAGCCGAGUACAAGAAACUCUCGGUAGACAAGAAGGAAGUCAGCAAGGAGCUCACGGCCAAGAAACACGAAGCGGAUGCUUUGGAAAAGAAGCUUCAGGCAGCGGAAAAGAAAAUUAAGAAGUGGGGGGACAGAGCAUGCGAUAUUGAGGAAGAGAGAGAUAAGUGGAAAGAAUGGUAUUCCAAGGCCUUCAAGGCAGGGAAGACCGAGGUACUGGAAAAAAACAAAAAGAUCAACGAGUUGACCAAGGAAGUUCAAGCCACGGAGAAGCUCAAAGCUCAGCUGAGCUCUACCGAGGAAAGACUCCAGAAGGCGAAAGACAAGAGGUCCUCAUGCGAGCUAUGCACCAACGAAUUGUGGGCUGCAGCGCUGCAUUUGAUCCUACAGGCGUGCGAAAACCAGAAAGAUGGCCAAGAAGUAUCCUUGAGUGUCAUCCAGCGAACAAUCAAAGAUGUGGCCAAGAAGUUCCCCGAGAUCGAAACCCACCGCAGAGCGGGCAGAAUCUUCAUCACCAAAGUGCCAUAUUAUUUCGACCAGGAACAAGGGAGCAGACGGGAUGUUUCGUCGAAGGCUCCCAGGUCCGCUUCGGGCGAAAAGGCUCUCGCAGGCGGACGUUGCGCCAUGUGCAGUAAUGACGCCGUGUUGCAGGCUCUCUAUUGGGUCAUCGAGGCAUGCCAGCACCCGGAGAAACCAAGCUUCUGGCUGACGGAGCUCAGGAAGCACAUGUAUGCUUGGCAUUCUGCGUACCCCGACCUCAUGCAAAGGUGUCUCGAUGGCUGCAGUGCCGUGAGUCCUAUCGACAUCUCAUCGGACUCGUCCGACAACGAGGAUGAAGACGAGCAGCAAGUUCCGGAUGAAGAAGCCGGGCAUGGUCAAGAAAAGACCAUGGAAGAAAAGAUCCGAGAGAAAUUCUACGACCACUACGUUCUCCUUGUCAGGGUGCAGCAGACUGUGCGGGUGUUUGAAGAAGCAGGAAUGCCCCUGGCCGAGCUGGGUGGGGCGUAUAAGAACCUGAAAGCGGAGCUGGACAAGCGCAAGCGGGACGGCACGGGCACAUGCGACAUGCAGGACCGGCUGGACCUUGGUCAGAAGUACCUUGAGGAGCAAGUGAGGUACUGGGCCGAGAGGCCGGAGGAUCGAAGGGUGGAAAGCGGCGAGACGGUGGAUCAUACGCCGUUGUCCACGAAACUCCCGGAAAAGAUGCUGGCGCUAAAAGAAGAGCUAGAGGACAAGAAGAGGGAACUUGCAUCGGCUUUGGCUCGAGCCGCGGAUGCCCAAGCCGGCGUUUCCAUUUCCCAGUUUGAGAAAGAAUUGCAAAUGUAUGCAGGGCCGCUGCAAGAGCGGUACGGAGCUCCAGAAAUUCGACCCGGCGUUCCCAUCGAGCGUCUAGAUUGGUCGCCACCAAGAUACACGGGGGUGAAGCAGGCAAGCACACGUAUUCUGCUUACCCCAGGCAUGGCCAGUAAAGACGACUGGGGAGUGGGCGAGCGAUUUCGAGAGAGAUCGCUUGGAAGCGCGUCAAUGGAGGGAUUAAACAGCCCACAAAGAUGCCCGUCGCCGGCUGCUCUAUGGACUUCAACUGACGGGGAGAUCAAGGAUGUCGAAUGCGACCGCGACGGAACCAGGGCUCCGAUGGCCAGCAGCGGUACUACUGAGGAUUCGCUCUUCGAUCCGAGCCAGCAGACAGCGGAAUCUCUGCUAGGUUUGGUUGGCGGUUGCCGUUGA